CACAAUCAACUUUUACUCGUCGGCUAUAAUUAAAGUAAGUAAAAGGAAAGAUAAUCGAUAAAACGCGCCGUUCCUUUCUAUUGGUCAGUAACACAGGAUAACAACGCGCAUGGGCAUUAAAGCAGCAUCUACUGUACCUUUUUUGGGGGUUGUUAUUUUGGCGGUAGAACCGACUGAUAUACAGACGAACAACUCAUUCGCCAUAUUUAAAUGUUACCUUAUCUUAAGCUUUACUUGAUAAUAAACCUAUGUGUCACCUGAUAGACAAUAAGAUAUGAUAAUACACAAUUUUACAUAUUGUGGUUCCUAAAAUGGUUUAUGCGAUUCUAUUCUUAGCGUUGGCAUUUGGAAUUGUUCCAAGCGUACUGUCUGAAACAACAGAAAUAACUCAAGUGGAUAGAACCGAGAAGAAACUGGAAAUUAAAAAGAAUACGGAAGGAUGGUCAGAAUGGGGUGAAUGGAGCCCAUGCACCAAGAGUUGUAACGGAGGAGUGAGCCAUAGAUUAAGAAAAUGCAACAGAAGAACCGGUUGUGGAGGAGAUUCCAUUGUUUACAAGAUUUGUAGUAUGCAGCAUUGCGAGAAACAAACCGAUUUUAGAGCGGCACAAUGCACAGCGUACGACAGUACACCUUAUAGAAAUAGGCUAUACACGUGGUUACCUUUCUACGAUCCUGCAGAUCCGUGCAGCUUAACCUGUCAGGCUCAGAGUUAUAAUUUUGUAGCCAAAUUAGCUAGCAACGUCGAAGAUGGUACAAGAUGUAGAGAGGGAUCGUUGGAUAUGUGUGUCAAAGGGAAAUGCCUGCCUGUGGGAUGCGAUCUUAAAUUAGGUUCGAAUCAGAAAGUGGAUCAAUGUGGUGUGUGCGGAGGUGAUGGUUCGACUUGUCGAAAACCCCUGUAUGCCUGGAGCGAAAGUCAAUAUUCGCCUUGUUCUGUUACUUGCGGAGGAGGUUAUCAAAUGUCCAGACCAAUUUGCAGAAAUAAAGAAACAGGAAAAGAGAUAGACGAAGGUUAUUGUAACAUAUCUCACCGACCACGUCCAAAGAUAAAAGAAUGUAAUCUUCAUAAAUGUCCCAAUAAAUGGAUCACAGAAGAGUGGACGGAAUGUUCGACUACUUGUGGAAGGGGAACACAAACUCGUCACGUUUACUGCGCUAAGGAUGGUCAUAAUGGUACUCGAAUCCCUAUCAGUGGUGCUUAUUGCCAUACUCUAAAACCUGCGACGGAACGUACUUGUAAUAUAAAAGAUUGUCCAAGAUGGUAUGAAGGUUCAUGGUCGGGGUGUUCUACGUCUUGCGGACAAGGUUUCCAGAGACGAGUUGUCAUUUGUAAAGAUCACACUGGAGAAACGAGCGAUCAAUGCGACAAUUCGAAAAUGCCAGCGAGACGACAACUGUGUAAUAGUGGUAUAAGUUGUGGAGAUGAUACUGGAAAAGUCUCUCAAGAAGAUUCUCCACCAUAUUUGUCGCCAUAUUGGGCCAGCAAGAUGAAUUUGCCCAAUUUUAUGAAAACUCAUCCAAGCUAUGUGGCCGGAGAAUGGGGACCCUGUAGUGUUACGUGCGGUGCAGGGGUCCGCUGGCGUCACGUGGUGUGUCAAAUAUUCUUGGAAUUCUCACGAGCUAUAGCUACUUUGCCAGACAGGGAGUGCCGUGGUUCGAGACCAAUGGAAGUUGAAAGAUGUUACACUCAGCCGUGUUCACCGGAUCAAAAUCAUCUGUCUGGUUUGAAUUUCAUUCCAGACAGAAAUGAAAUACAUGUGACAUAUUCUUGGAGAAUGGCCGGUUAUACGCCUUGUAGUGCCUCUUGUCUCGGAGGUACGCGCGAAUCCAUUAUACAGUGUAUUAGAGAUUAUGAUUAUGCUGUUGUUAGUCCAUAUAUGUGUGAUUUAGACACUAAACCUCCGACAAAUACUCAACCUUGCAAUGAGCAUCCAUGCCCUCCAAGAUGGAAUACUACGGCCUAUAGUCCUUGUUCCAAAACUUGUGGAGGAGGUAUUCAAUCACGUAAAGUAACGUGUGUUCACGAAAAAACUCAUAGCAGUUCCGGAACACAAACUGUUGCCAACAAUCUUUGUCCACAACCUCCGCCGCUUGCUCAACAAUACUGCAAUGUUUUUGAUUGUCCACCAAAAUGGCAUUUAGAACCAUGGAGUAAAUGUUCUAAAAGUUGCGGAGGAGGGAAUCAAACUCGGAAAAUCAAAUGCCAAAAAGAAAUGGCAUUUGGACAAACGGUUGAACUUUCCCCUUCCGAAUGUAGUUUAAAACGUCCAAGAACUGUCAAGCCAUGCAAUAAAAAGUCUUGUGAGGAUUUCAUAAUUGAAGAAACUACACUUGAUCCUGAUACUAAACCAAUGUUCAUUCAAGAGCAGCCAGGCCGCAAAGUACUUCUUGAAGCAAAAGGAACAGCCGUUCUGUAUCAGGACACCAUUGUGAAACUUCGCUGUCCGGGUAUCGAUUCAGCAAACGCAGUUGUAAUGUGGUAUAAAAAUGGCAAACGAUUGGAGCCGAUAGGAAAGUACUCUGUCUCUCGACGUGGCGCUUUGAAAAUUAGAAAAAUUUCCGACGACGAUGCUGCUGUAUAUACUUGCGUAGCAGGAAAAACAAAAUCUGAUAUCAAUAUAACUAUUAAGCCAGUUUCUUCUACCUUGGGAACUUCAGAAAAAUCACUGACCACUCCAGCAGCUCCUCGCACAGGCGGUGAUUACAGCCACGGAUACAUCCAUCAAGAUUCGUCUCUGCAGAUCCAUCCGCCUGAAACUGAGAACUUCAGUAACGAGAGGAUAGAUCACGAUACCUGGGAAUAUCAUCAGAGCCAAGAUAUAAUUUCAGAUCAGAACAGCAGAGAAAUGGAUGCAUCCACACCGUAUUCAGAUUCUGGUUUUGAUUAUAGUAGGAUUCAUCACGGAUCUACAAUCACUCUACCUCAUGUGUACCAGCUAAUUACUCAUCUCCGCCAGCAGCAAGAAAGAAAUUCUCUCUCGACAAGUAAUAUCGAUGACGACACGUAUUAUUCGGGGAGAAAUGGUGAAAAUCUAGAACUAGACUGGAUGGUAACAGAUUGGACACCAUGCUCUCGUUCUUGUGGAGGAAAUGGAUUUCAAGUACGUGCGAAACAAUGUCUUGUCAGGUUACAGAACGUUUCAAAGACGGUCGAUAACAACCUAUGCCUGAACAACAAUAUGCAACCUCCUCCAACAAUCCAAAGAUGUGGUUUAGAAGCUUGCCCACAUUGGGAAGCAGGACUUUGGUCGGAUUGUAACGAGAAACAUUGCUUUGGAUGGAACACUGCUCUUCAAAAGAGAAAUAUAUAUUGUAAAACUAUAAACGGUACAGUAGUGGAUCCCAGCAAAUGUAACGAGAGAUUACGACCAAGAAGAAAACGAGAAUGCUUUAAUGAAAGAUGUAGAGGAACUUGGAAAAUUGGCGAAUGGUCACAGUGCACAGUUACUUGUGGACAUCAGGGAUUUCAAACUCGAACACUACAAUGUGUUUGGUAUGGUACAAAUAAAUUAGCUAAAAAUGCCUGCCAAAAUCUACCAAGGCCAACAGUCAUUAUACCUUGUGAGAGACCACCUUGUCCUCAUAACGACUUGUGUGUCGACAGAGCCGCUUACUGUGAUGUAGUGAAGAGAAUGAACGUUUGUCACUUAGCGACGUAUCGACAGCAGUGUUGUUACACAUGCAAAAAUCCAUAAAAAGCAUACAAAUUAAAUCUGCCAUUUUUAUGUUUUUAUACCUUACAUAUAUUAAAAAUUUCAAAAAAAUUACAUAUCUACUUUAAAAUUAAAAUCUUAAAAAAAUUUAUCAAAAAUUCAAAUUUUGCU